AGUAUUUAUUACGCUUCUUGCUACUCUUUGGCACGGAUGGACUUUAGACUUCGUUCAAACAAAGUCAGACGCGGAAGACGACGAGAGUGGCAGGCUAGCUGGCUAAAGGGCUUGCACACCACGGCGAGGAGAGCACUAAAGCCAAGCAAUGGCAAAAUUUUUGUCCCAGGAUCAAAUCAAUGAGUUCAAAGAAUGUUUUUCCCUCUAUGAUAAGAAACAAAAAGGCAAGAUCAAGGCCAGUGACCUCAUCACUGUUAUGCGCUGUCUGGGGACCAGCCCCACACCAGGAGAGGUGGUGAGGCACCUUCAGCUGCAGAAAAUUGACAGCACUGCAGAACUGGAUUUUUCAACUUUCCUGACCAUAAUCUACAGGCAAAUGCAGCAAGAAGACCCCAAGAAUGAAAUCCUCUUGGCCAUGUUAAUGGCAGACAGGCAGAAGACGGGAUUCAUUUCGGUGGAAGAACUGAGGGCCAAGCUGAUGAACCUAGGAGAAAAGCUGUCUAGGGAAGAAGUGGACAAUCUCUUGAAAGAAGCCAAAGUGGGACACAAUGGAAUAGUCAAGUAUGAAGACUUGGUCCAAUCCAUCACACAACCUCUUCCUGACUACUGAAUUGUGAAGAGAGAUCUGGGGCAGCAAUCACCCAUGUGGUUUGGCUUCAUGGAAAAAUUGGGUUCUCGCCUGCUUUCUUGUCUUAAAUAAAUACUUUGCCUUCUGGGACCCUUAGCUACUUAAAAACAUAAAG